CAGUAUUUCAAUACGAUAGAAAUAUUAUUUGGCAAUGAUUAAUAAUAAUGCUUCUUCCUUGGCCAAUGGAAUAGUAGACCACAGCAAMGAAACAAUGUCGCCGUUCAAGCCUCAUUGGGAUCUGUACCCCAAAUCUUACGUCGCUCCGAAGACUUCCUUUCCACUGAUAGAUCACUUGGACGGAGACCUCACCAAGGAUGUGUGGAAAAAUGUCAGCUUUUCCGACGUAUUUGAUGAUAUCCGUGGUUCUGUUGAUGCUCCAAGCGAAGACCGACCGAAUUCAAAUUGUCGGACCCGUUUUAAGGCCAUGUGGGAUAAUUCCCAUCUCUACAUUGGGGCCGUUCUUGAGUCGGACUUUGAAACGCAGGCACAUUUCACAGAACGGAAUUCACCUAUUUACCAAAAAGAUUCAGAUUUUGAAGUCUUUGUUGAUCCUUUUGGAAGUUGCCACAAUUACAAAGAGCUAGAAGUGAAUCCGAUAAACACCGUAUGGAAUCUGAUGCUGGAUCGACCCUAUGACGAUGACGGACAUGAAUUUUCGGGGAGGAUUGCAAAACCAGGAGAUGAUCGAUACUAUGAGGUGUCUCAUCAAAAGACAGCGACAAAAUUAUUGGAAGGGACACUCAAUGAUAGCAAUGGGUCAGCAACAUGGUCAGUCGAGGUAGCACUAUCUUUUGAGGAUUUAUUGGCUCAUACAGAUGCUAGUCAGAAAGGCGUAAUCCCAGGCGUAGAUAGCGCUCUAAGAAUCAAUUUCUCUCGAGUGGAGAAACAGGGUGCAAUCAAUUGGACUUGGCAACCACAAGUCGUAUGGGACCCACCCAACCAAAGAUAUUCAGGCUUUGUCGCCAUGCAUCUUCCUGACGCUUGGGGUUACAUGGUCUUUGGCGAAGAACAAUUGAUGACACCGCCCGGGAACGGAGACGACACACGACCAAAAAGUAACACGCUAGAACCAGCGACACCACGAAUACAACGGGAUCCAUCGUGGCCAGCUCGAGUUGCAGCGAUGAACGUCUAUUAUGCGCAGCGACACUACUUCAACCAAAACGAUAAAAACUAUGCCACUUCGAUUGAUAGCUUGGAGGGAUUCGUGGACGACCUAAUUGUGACUCCAUUCCAGAUUACAAUCAAAUCAACACCRGGAGGCUACAAAGCUACGGUACGAGGGGGAAAACAUUAUGGUAAGGAUGUGGUUAUCACAAACAAUCGUUUCCUUCAAGUCGUAGAUCCAAGUGGAAMGCGUGUAGACACAGCUUGACAUCCAUGGCACCAAUAAUGACUAUUUUUGGCCAUAAUGUUCAACACCCACAUAUCUGAUACACRAAGGAAAAUCAUUCUGCUUUGUUUCUAGUUGUAUGGGUAAUGCUAUGCAUGAUUUUUAAAAUUAAGAAAUACACCUUAUCCUACAGCAAUUGUUGACGCGGUACACAGAGUAGAGAAGUCGCAAGAAUGAAACGACCUUGUCUCUUUASGGGCGGCUAAAUGGAUUGAUACGAGAGAAUAUGGCAUGUCCCCUCAAUGAAUGCGAAAYUGCCGCUCCAGCAUGAAUGGGAAUAAGAUAUUUGCCUUUUGGAACAUUGGUUUUGUGAAUGAAUAUGAGAUCGGUUA